UAACGCAGCACUGGAGGAGGCUAAGGCCUUCACAGAAGCCGGACGAGCCCUGGGGCUGGAGGGCGCAAAGCUGAUCAACUGGGUGAAUGAUAAGCUGAAGGAAGCAGCCCAGGAGAGAGUGCAAGAAAGAAGAGAAGCGGCUGAAAGAGAAGCGCAAGAAAGAAGAGAAGCGGCUGAAAGAGAAGCGGCUGAAAGAGAAGCACAUGAAAGAAGAGAAGCGGCUGAAAGAGAAGCGCAAGCAGCUGAAAGAGAAGAACAAGAAAGAAGAAAAGCGGCUGAGAGAGAAGCCCAAGAAAGAAUAGAAGCAGCUGAAACAGAAUUUCAAGCUGCUGAAAGGGAGAAAGAAAGGGCACAUGAACUGGCUAUGGCAGUCCAGAGUGCCACCCUGGCACCCCUGAGUCCCACGCCUCCUGCGCCAUCUCACCUCCACAGCAUGGGCAGCCUCAUUAGGGCUUGGAACGAUAACAAACCCGACACCUGGCUCGAUCAUGUCGAGCAGUGUUCGGGAACUUCAAUCCAACCCCUCAGGAAGUGGCCCUCCUCCUCAGCAAGCAUCUCGCUGGCAAAGGAUGGACUGCAUUCGAAGCCCUUCCCCUGAAGGAUUGACACGAUCUCGCCCUCGUGUGAGAGGCAAUCCUUGGGGCUUACGAAUUGACCACAGACUAGUGGAGGCAAAAAUGGAGGACUAUGCUCAAGGAGCUAACCAGACGUGGACAGAGUGGGCGGCCAAGAAGGCACUGGCACUCCGUAGGUUGACGAAGGCCUCCAAAGCAACAUCUGUUGAGGAGGUCUUAGAACUCUUCCAGUUAGCGGAUUUUCUUGCCCAUGCCCCCCUGAUCUUGCCACCCACUUGGUGGACAAGGCUCCUAAGACUCUUUUGGAAUGCUGUAAAUGGGCAGAUGCCUAUGAUACCCACCAUCCAUUGCAGAGUUCUUUAAAGAAGAAAAUAUGUCCUGCUCCCCCCCCCCCCUCACUCCUGCUGCCACUUCUCGGCCUACCCAGCGCCCCAAUAACCUUCCUCGGAAACCUGUGUGUGGGCAUUGCAACAAACCAGGUCACACCACAGAGCAGUGCCUAUCAAAAGUACAUCCUCCUCAGCACGCUGCUGCCACUCCUCCAAAUGGACUGCCUAAUCAUAGUAACAAAAACAACGACCAUUGGAACAGAAACAACAGGCCCAGGCCUGAUUUUAGCAAGAGUUUCUGUGACACUUGCAGAGUGCAUGGGCACACUGCUGCCUGGGCGGGAUGCCCCAAGAAAGCUCCUGUUUCUGCCAUUGCUAUGGCCGUGACAAAUCCAUCCACUCUAGGCGCCCUUGCUCAGGGCCCCCUAUUUGUCACACUUCCAAGAGGUCGCUACCCUGCCCACCAGGUCCGAGCUUUCGACGACACUUGUGCGCAAGUCUCCAUCAUCUGAGAGGAUAAAAUGCCUUAUGGAGCUAAGGUUGAUAGGCAUCAGUUUGUGACGAUAGAGCGCCUCAACCAUGUCAAAACGUUCCUACCUACUGUCCGGUUGAGAGUCACACGACCUCACCGUUCGAAGAUAUGUACCAUGGCAGUAGCAAACUAUAUACCAGGAGGUUAUGAUGUCCUGCUAGGACAAGAUUUUACGUCUCCUCCUAACUUUAUACCGUAUCAGGGCCACCACCCUCACAUAACUCCAGACCCAUUUCACGGGCCUCCAAGGACUACCUCUGCACAACCAGUGCCACUUGAAGGUGCCAGGCAGUGCCAGGCUCCAUCUCUCAUGGAUGUUGAGCCCCGUUCGAGUCCUUCCACGGAGUCAGAAACGGCCUUAGUGCCAGUGCCAGUGCCAGGGCCAGACUCGAGCCUUCCUUCUGGAGCUCUAAGUCCCGGUCGCUCUCCCUCCACUGCCUUGGCCCAACUACCCAUGCCGGCAGUCAAGAAAGAGCCAAUUCCAAUAGCAAUCCUCCAGGACACCCAUGAACAUAGUGGACACUCCACCAAUGGUGCGGCCUCGCAGCCCGCCCCAGAGUCGGUCCUCCCCACGGGUAAGCCCAUCCCGAAUACCAUUACCUCAUCCAAUCCCCCUCCGUCAGCAGUGAACCGGUCUCAGAGUAAUGACUCUGCCGAAUCCUAUUUGGCCGAAGAACUCGGGGACCGAGCCACGCAUCAUUAGGCACAGGGACGAGUGCCAAGGCUCCAGUUGUCGCAGCAGCUGGAGCAGAUGCCCCUUCGGAGUCUCUAAAGGGCUUGGGUCCUCCAAGGCCCCCCAUGGCAUCGUCAAACUGACCUCGGAGAGGUCGAAGGAAGAAGGGAAAAGGGCAUCGAGGUUUUCCAAAACCUUAAGAGAGCCAAUAGCCUCUCUGCACUAGUGCUUGGCACAGUGCCACCCUCUUAUAGAGAAUUCUGACCCUCUCCAUCCAGAAGAGAAUGCCAGACUCUGCUACUUCUACUUCUUUCUGACCCUUUCGUAACUUUCUUCUUUCCUUUUGCAUUGUAUGUAUCUUAUCUUCCUUGGUUUCCUCUCUUCAUAUUCACUGCCUUGUGGCAUUUGUUGUAUAUUGUAUGCCCUGCUUAGGCAGAGCCAAACUGCCAGCUACCCUGGCCUUGUAUGAUUUAGUACUUCUUUACAAACUACUGUCAUAAGAGUGCCACCAUUGGCACCGUGCCCUAUUCUAGGCACUUAAGAAUUCCAUUUAACUUGGGAAAAUUUUAGCCAGCAAACAUUGCUAUAGCUUAGAGAUAAUUUCGAAGCCUGGCUCGUUUAUACACUAGUUGGUUAGCUGUUCUGAUUUAGUGUUAUUCCCUAGUCUUUAUAUUUUGUGAGAUUGACAUUGUUUUGAUCAAAUUUACAUUUUGUUUCCUUGUCUGUGUGUGUUAUCUUAUUAAAUCCCUACGAAGAAUUACUCCAUUAAUUUUCCCCUUGUUAGUGCACUAAAGUUAGUGCUAAUAUAAUUAAUAGGGUUAGAUGUCGUCUUGUUACGAGACAAAGUAACUUCACGAAACCGUAGGGCCAUUAACACACCUGAACCAGUGGAUGAAGGCACAGCAGGAUGCCGCGCGCCUGCAAGAAAAGGAAGAAAGGGAAAACCAGAGAAGCAGAGAGAAAGGAAAGAGAAGCAGAGAAGCAAAGAGAAGAAGAGAGAAAGCAUGAGCUAGCUCUCAGAGGUGAAGAAAUCACGCGGCAAGCUUCCAAGCCCCAGACCAUGAGCUGGACUCCUGGUAAGAGGUGGUUGCGGAGGUUCUGCACCACUUGUUGUGUGCGUGGGCAUGCUGUGGAUUCAGACCAGUGCCCAAGUCAAUCCCUACCGUGAGAUGAGAGCUUCCAGGGUGAACUUCUCCAAGGCUACCAUGUAGCCCUCCCUGAUGAACAGUCUCCUACCGCCUAUCGGUGGGUACACGUCAUGGCCGAUGCCGAAGCCCAGGUCUCCCUCAUUGCAAGAAAGGCAUUGCCUAGGGGUGCCAAAAUCCAGACGGACGAAGAAAUUCAGUUUGAAUGGAUUGACGGUCACCUCUACUCUGUUCCUUCAGUCCUUCUGAAGGUGGAAAUGCCCUUAUUGGACCAGGAGACCAGGGAAACCACAUUGUGCCGCCUGGGCGUAGUUGACCAAUUUCAUGAUGUUUAUCAGGUGAUAUUGGGCCGAGAUCUACUAAAGUCAUAUCUCCCCUGGACGCAGCUCCCACUACAAGGUGUACCGGACACCUGCAGCAUGCCAGAUAACCACACCUCAAUAUUAGGUUCAGAGGCCAGUGCCUCCGAUGUCCCCGACAUCCUUUCUAUUUGUGAACCCGGCCCUGACCCAGUGUCAGAGCCCGAAGUUCCUGCCGCAUCCUGCCAGCCUCUUACCAUUUCACCGCCUACCUCCUCCACUUUGGAAGAGGUAAGCCCACCAGUUAAACCCAAACUUGUUUUCGAGGGUGAUUCAACGGAGGACUCCUUCACCUCCCCACAUCAAAUCCCUGCUAGGGAGGACUCUUCACCUGUGCCAGAGCACACUGCUAGCCUUGGUGACUCCACAGAUUCGCAACCUGUGGGGCCAUCUCGGCCUUACCGUCCAGUGCCACGGAAGAGGUUCUGGAACAAGUUCUGCCGAGACUGUGGCCGCAAGGGUCACAUGUCUGCAAAUUACAGAGGGUGCGCUAAUCAUAAUAUUCCCGCCAUCGCAAUGGCAGUUACCAAUCCUUCUUUACUAAGACCCCCGGCUAAGGGCCCUAUAACCGUCGCACCCCUCCAAAGUCAUUAUCAGCCAAGCCACGUCAGAGCCUACGACAACUCUGGCGCUCAAAUCUCCCUGAUACAGGAAGACCGAAUCCCCCGAGGGGCUAACGUCGAUAGGCGUCAAUUAAUCACCAUUGAAGGUAUCAACCAUAUCAAGCUGAUCCUUCCGACCGUCCAAUUGAGGGUCACCAGACCUCAUUUCUCCAAAGUAUGUACUCUUGCAGUUGCAAGCUACAUUCCAGGAGGUUAUGACCUCCUCCUAGGGCAAGACAUGAAGUCUCCCUCACAGUUCAAAAAGCCUACUAUGAGAUUUAGGGCCUCUGUAACAUGGUUUAUUCGCAAUAACUUUGUAUAUAUGCAUUUCAUAAAUAUAACGCUUAUUCAGAAUACAUAUUAUAUCUACACAUAAAUUUUGACUGUAUUCUGCAUUACGUAGGUUGAAUAAAUUUGGUACUUAUAAUGUAAAAGAGACUUUUUUUGAAGACGGGCCAACUUACUCAGAGAAAAGGUUUCGAACGCACUCAUUACGUAACUUAUGACUGCAUUUCUUCCCUCUUUCUCGAUGGAUGAUUGGCUAUACGUAACGAAGGCUAAACCUCUGGCAACAAUGACAUACAAAUUUAAAUACAAGCAAAGCAGUACACCUUUAUGAACUCUGGAACCUCUCCAGUGAUAAUUGUCAUAAUGAACAAACCAACAAAUAUGUUAAUAAAUACAAAAACACUUCAAUUAUUAGUCUAACUCCCAAAAUAGGUUUACUAAGAAAUUACAGUCUACUUUAUAGGUCACAAUCAGAUUGACAAGAUGUAGGGAAUAGUUGGUAAUUUUCAAAAACAUAGUAGACAAGCUUGAUUUGACAACUGCUAUAUCCAAUGUCAAGCAAUUUUUAUUUAUUGGCUAUCUACCUAUUUACUGAAAAAAAAAUAGCCGGUACCGUAUAUUGGCUUUAAACCUUCACCAAUAAUUAUCGUCAGAAUGAUGACUUCAUGAGGCUCCACCCACUUUUGCCUCGUUAUAAUUCAGGAUAACACUGAAGACUACACCAUGGGCAUUGUUGGAUUAGAAAAUUUAACUUCUGGCUAUAAAAACUAAUUUCUCGAGUAGUUGUAAGAAGUGCUAAAUGAUCCUCAAGGAUCCCAGCAGUUGGCCUAAACGUUUAAUUCAUGUAUAUUACUGCUAUACUGUUGCGGCACUACUGCUACAGUAGUAUUACUACACUAGCACUGAUACCCCACACACAUCUAUGUAUCGUUCCGCCAUUCAUAAAGUCUUUGGGUUUCAGAGCCAAUGAAGUUUCUGUCUGGUGGAUGGGCGGGGCAACAUUUCGUCAAAAGGUGUUUAGCUUGCUUACGUAAUGAAUGUUUUUCGACUCUUGGCUCGUAAUCAUUGGCCAUGGCGUCGGCUAGAUCAUUUUUACUCAAUAAAAAUUAAAACUAUCGGGUUUAGGUUAUUGAUAAUGCUGACAAAAUUUGUGUGUGGUUGUAAAAUAUACAUAUGUCAACUUUCAGCUACAUCUGAUGCUUUGACAAGGAGCAAAGUCCAAAAAACCGUGUUACAGAGACCCUGAAUCUCAUAGUAGGGGUCCUAACCCCACGCCAAAACACUCCAAGGCAAGGAGCCAUCCAAGACCUACUUCCUCCCAGAAGCACGUCCACCAACAGUCUCCCCCGUUACCAAGGAGGGAGACUGAUCAUUCACAGUUCCGUUGCAAAACCUGCAACGUACUAGGGCACUCCACGAAUUGGCCUAGGUGCCCUAGCCGACAACCAGCAGUGGACACUGUCAAUUUUCCACAAGGUUUAGCCUUCCACGAGAGACAGGAGCCUCUGUCUCCCAUUACCAAGGGCCCGCUGAGAGGUAUUGCACCUCUGGUACCCGUCACAGGUCCAGUCGACCUCAACUCUCUGCCAGUGCCACUUGGCAGCACUGAGCAGUGCCCAGCUCCGUCCAGCCUGGACGUAGAGCCACCACAAACCUUGACCUUUGCGCCUGGCCCCAAGCUAGCGCCUAACCUAAUCAAGGAUCCUCCUCCAGGAGAUCCUCCAACAGGCAUGGAGCUUACCGCAGCCCAUGGCCAAUCUCCAGUCCAUCAUUCUUCACCCUCACCUCUGUCGCCCGAGGAUGAACCUCCGGCAGACCUCACAUUCUCACCUCCUCUGGACAACCAGGAACUGCCCGACCGGAGUCAGUCUGGAGUCUUACCCUUACAACGGCUGUCGCAGCAGCCGGAGUGAGGGCCUCCCCUGCAGUAGGUUCCACCUCUACGACGGUUGCUGCAGAUACCGAAGUAGGGUGUUCUCCUGCAAUCCCUCAGGCUACCACUGACUCUGCUCCUGACGGCGUCUACUCCUAGGACUGGUAUAGCCAGGUCCUGGAGGAAUAAGAAGAAGAAGAAGAAGAAGGGACGUCUUUAACAUACUAACAAAAGAGCCACAUGCUCUCCUUGACACCUGUGCACGAGGUACAGUGUCACAUUCAAUUUGCAGAGUGAUCCUGGCAUCUACCCAGAGAAGGUAGCCAGCCUGAUCUCUGCCAGUAAACUAACCCUCUAACCCCUAGAAAUUCUAAUACUAACCCUCAUGUAAAUGUCAUAAUUACCUCAUAACAUUUCCAUCCUGGUACUCCACUAAUCACUUAUCAUCCUCACACAUCAUUACCUCACAUCAUGUAUUUUAACAAUUCAGUCGAUAAAUCACUGUUGUGUGUACCACACUCUGGAAUGAUUGCGUCUCUAAUUAACUGUAUUGAGUAAGUUAGGCUAAUGAUUUAGUACCAGGGCAUUAGGGUAGUAGCAUAAAGAAUUUUCAAGUAACCUUACCUAGGGGUAGAGUAGAUUGUCGUCACAGACAACCCGUAGUUCUCACUUAGGCUAGACUACACUAAUCCAGUAAGUUAGUACACUUAGCAUCUCCACCUAUAAGUUAGGUAGGCCACUGUAGUUAGCUGUAUCGCUGCUCUAAAAACUUCAGUUAGAGCAGGAGAACUGGGUAGUCGAGAUGAUCAACUUAUUUAGCCAAGGCCUUCACGCCCGAAAGGGAGUGAAUGCCUUCUUAACAGGGGGAGCUGUUACAUUUAUUGACCGUCUCGGCUCCCCAGCAUUUAUUUAAUCUAUUUUAUUUGUAAAACAGCAGCCAUAUUCUCCCAAAUAUCAGCUGGUUUUAGGCGGGAAACCAAAACACCCCAGCCAGAGAUAGGAAUUUCCUGCUAGAGAGGGGGAAUAUAGACUCUUGUCAGCUUUAGGGACGUAUCCCAAAGGGAAGGGUGUAGGUAGCCUGGUACUUAUUAGGCCUACGUCUUAAGCUCUUUUUCCUGUGAACCCUCUGCUGGCUGUAUGUUUUGUUUCCAGGAUGCCCUGCUCUUGGGGGGUUAAGCUGACCUCGAACACCCAUACUGCACACCUGCCUUCGCCCUCAGUCUCCUCCAGUUGUGACCUCAAACGGAUGUCCCAGCCACGAGCCUUCCAACUUAGCCCUACUACAGCGUUACUGGCGCGCCCAGAGACCCGGACCCGAGACAAAGCCGAUGCCGCAUUUCUACAAAGGUCCACUGAUCAUGGCAUCCAGGUUCAUCUUGUGAAACAGCAUAUUAUUCCCUGAGUCACAUGUCCAAGUCUUCGCCCCGCAAGUGUUGCAUUACCGCAAGAUUUUGUUUUGAAAAGCCAUCUUUUACGGGAACCUCAUUUUUAGCCAG